AAUCGCAAUGGCUUCUUACGAUCUGAUUCCUCGAAUGAUCCCUUAUAUGGAUAGACAUCUUGUCUUUCCCCUACUGGAAUUCUUGUCUUUGAAUAAGAUCUAUCCGAAUCAUGAUCUACUUAAAGCUAAAUACGAACUCUUAGCCAAGACAAACAUGGUGGACUUUAUUUCUGAAUUAUAUAAACAAAUUCAUGAUACAGACGAAGUUCUUCCAG